AGCAGUUAGGAUCAACCCCAGCGGCGCCAAUUGCUGACCGCUGAGACAACGCCAUGGAAAGGCUCCUGAACAAUCGUACCCCACGCGGUUUGAGGGGCGACUCGACUUCCUCGAACUUUCAACCGUCCUAGACCGUUCCCAAAGUUUUCCACAGAGUGCGACUCCUGGUGUGAAAAGGUCGCACAGAAUGGCGAGGAUGACCACCCCGGAAGACGGGUCGUUGCCGGCAUUCCAGAAAACGAUCCCGACGGUCCACAGACUGGACCACUCGCAAGCCCAGCGCGUCCUCUGGGCGCUAGAGGAGCUGCACGCCUCCAACGGCCUCAAGUACCAUUACAAGAACUACCCUCGCGUGCAGCCCAAGAACCCGGACCUUCUCGAGGUCUCUCCUCUGGGCAAGAGCCCCAUCCUGACGGUCGAGGACCUGAAGGGCAGGCCGGUGCCGAACAUCCAGGUCGUGGACGGCGUCGUGAUGGAGACGCAGCUCAUCUUGGAGUUCCUCGGCGAAAGCUACGGAGGGAAGGACCUCUGGGAGCCGGAGACGGCAGAGGAGAGACUGCGCGACCGCUAUUUUCGCUCGUUCGCGACCGGGACGAUGGUCGAGCGGGUCGACCAGGCAAUGCUCUUCACGGCGCUGCCCAAGCUGAUGCCGUUCCCGCUCAAACAGAUCUUCGGCCUUCUAUUCAUCCCUUUGGAGAAGGCUUUCAGGGCAUAUCUCGUCGAUUUUUUUGACUUCAUGGAGUCUCAGUUGUCUGUCGAGCUUCCUUACUUUGCUGGAAAGAAGCUAGGAAUUGCGGACUUCUGUCUCGAAUUUCCGAUGAGCAUGGCUGUGUGCCAGGGCUUUCUGGAUGGGAAGAAGUAUCCCAAAAUUCGGGCAUGGCAUGACACAAUUACAUCACGAGAAGCAUACAAGAAAGCAAUUGAGAAGGGUGGUGGGAAGGAAAAGUACGAUCUAGUGUCCUUUGGGGCGAAAUGAGCUCAGAAUAGGGCUGCAUAAUCUUCAAUUCGAGCUUUCCUGACCGUGGAAGAACAUACGAUUUGAAAAGAGCCGAUUGCCAACAUUUGCAUACUCUCGC